GUAGUUUGAAGUCUUAGGCCUUAAUAUACUACCAUAGUUUAAUAAGGCCUACAGACAGUGUUUUUUAAAAUGUUUAAUUUUAACUAUGUUUAUAGCAGAAGUUGCUGUUUUUCGUUUUUAAUUAAUAGUCAUUGAUAUAAAUGUUUAAUAAACAUUAAAAUUUACUGCUUUGUCUAAACAGUUUUUGAUUUAUUCAAAUUUCCGCUUAGCUAGGCCUUAUUGGCCGCACCUACCUUAGAAGAAGUUGCCUAUGUGUGCACAACAAUAGAUGUCUGGUCCAGUAAAAAGAGAAGCUUCAUCGGAGUUACAGCGCACUGGAUCACAAAUGAUCUACGCAGAGUUUCAGUGGCGUAGCUUGUCAGCGAUUCAAAGGCGUCCAUAGCUAUGAUCGACUAUCCGAUAUCAUUCAAGAUAUUAACGGCGAAUUCGACCUCAAUACGAAUAAAAUUGUUGCAUCGGUGACGGAUAAUGGCAGCAAUUUCGUAAAAGCUUUCAAAAUGUUCGGUGUGAAAUUGACUAAUAUAAAUAUUGAACAUGAAGUUAUGCCACACUCUCAGCCAACAGAAUGUUUUUCUGAAUCAGAUGUUGAAGAAGAUGAAUCAUUGAAUUUAAAAGAUCCUAAGCAUAUUUAUUUCCUUCCUGCUCAUUUAAGAUGCUCUGCGCAUACUUUAAGUCUUUGCGCAACUACGGACGCGAACAAACUUUUAACCCAGCAAGACACGCCCUUUUGUCGCAAAUGCAUGCUGCAGUAAUGAAGAAAUGUAAUGUUUUGUGGAAGGCUGCAGGACGGCCAAAGAGUGCCGAAAUAAUACAGGAUGUGUUAGGGCACACGUUGAGCCGACCUGGUGAGACCAGGUGGAAUAGUUUGUAUGAUACCCUCCAGCAAAUUUCCAACAUUAAAGAAAAAAGCUUACUUUUACAUAGAUCAUUAAACAUAAAAAAUACUAUCAAAGAAAAUGAAUUUGAUUACAUACAAGAAUAAUUGAUGUGUACUUCGCCAGUAGCAGAAGCACUCGAUAUAAUGCAAAGUGAGACUAACGCAUAUUAUGGGAUAGCUCUGCCGUGCCUACUUGCGCUGAGAAAAAAAUUGUAAAAAAUUUAAAAGAAAAACAACUUCUCCUUUUGCAGCUCGUUGAUCAAGGCAUACAGAGAGAGUGUUGAGAAGAGAUUUGACAAAAUGUUUGACGUCACUUUGAUUAAUUGUUAGUUGUUGUGGUUACAUUUACCAAUUAAUCAAUUGUUUAUCUUUAAUUGUCCUUGCAAUUAAAAUUUGCCCAACACUGGCUAUUACAAGCACUUUUGAAUCGUCCAAAAAAAUUUUCUUUCCCCUACCACUUGUUCAGGACGUCUUUUAGCUGACAAGAAGAACAAGCAAAAGAAACUUACCAGCUUUUUAUCAUAAGUAAUGACAUUUACAUAAAUCAUGUCAUUACCAAAAUAAUAUGUAUUAUCACAAUAAUAAAUACAACUUUCAAAGUCUAUAGGACAUAGGUUGAACAUAUGAUUAGUCUUUAUAGAACAAAAUGAAGGCUAUUAAUUCCAUGCAUUGUGUUCCUUAAAAUAAUCAUCAACUUUAUAAUAGCCUUUACUCAUAAGUAUAUUCUUUACAUAAAUUUGAAAUUUAUUUAUGGGUAGGUCAAUUACAUUUUGUGGAACUUUAUUGAACAUAGCAAUACAUUUACCCAGAAAUGAUUCUCUGGUUUUUUGAAGUCUGAAGCUUGGAGCUUCGUUUAGAUUCGUUUGACCAAAUCUGUAUGCAGAUGUCAUGCAGUAGAAAAACUAAUAGGUGGCCUAUGGCAUUAUUCUAUGGCAUGCUGAAUAUGGCUUAUGUCAACAGCUAUGUUAUUUAUUGCCACAACAUACAAUCUAAAAAUGAAAAGCCAUUAAAUAGAUGGGCAUUUAUGAAACAGUUGAGCACUGACUUAGCAAAACCAUAGAUGGAGAAAAGACUUGAAAUUCCAAAUAUGCAGAACAUUAUGUGAGAAUAUUCAAAAUAUUUUACCAAAUCCUACUGCAAGAAACGUAGAAGUGAGGAUGAACCUCCAGCUAAGAAACGAAAUUAGAAGGAAGACACAGACAGAGUGCAACAAAUGCAAAAAACCUGUCUGUGGAGAGCAUAAUAUUUUGACUUGUGCAUACUGCAAGUAGUUCCUAUUUUUGAGACUGAAUUACUAAAUGUUUAUAUUUUUUUAUGUCUUCUGUUUAUUUUGACUUCUGUUUAUUUUAUUUCUAAUAAUAAGUAUAAUUUGUUACUAGAUUAGUAAUUGUUACCUUUAAAAAGAAAAGAUACUCAAUUUAUGUUUUAUUUUGUUUGUUUUUAAGUAUAAUAAUAAAAAAAACUAGUACUAGGUAUUGUUAUUUCAUUUCUUAAAUACCUUAAAACAUGUAAUAUAUCAAACUUCAUUAAAAUAUUAAAAAGAGUUGUGUUAACAGUCGUGUACAGAUUAGUUGAAUUGACCUCAUGUUAUGCUAUUAGGGUUAUCUGGACACAUUAUGUAUCUAGGAUUAAGAUACUGAUGCUACUAGUACACUUAAUUUAGUGAAUGUAUCUGCAUUUUGCUAACAGAUUGACUAAUAUUGUUCAAGUUGUGUCUACAUUGUGAGAUUUUCCAAAAAAUUUGGUAUGCAACAUGAAGACUUGAGUAACUAUUUCUAAUAUAUUACACUGUCAAUCUUAAAUAUUGCAUCUAUCAGCUGUCAUCUAUACAUAAAUAUACUGAUAUUUGAAUAAAAAAAAAAACAAUACAUACAGCAUUCAAGAAGAUAAGAAAAACAAAACAAAACUCUCACCUAAAAAAUUCCAAUUUACUAAAAGAUUUAUCCAAUGCUCCUAUAGAAACAAAACAGUACCGGAAAAGUGUCCAAUGUCAUUGUGUAUAGAUUGCAGAAGCUUUUCCCAGAAUCAACUGUAAACAUUGAUUGUCAAACUAAACUUUUAGUAAUUUAUUUUUCUUUAUUUCAUUAUAAUGUCAUAUAAAAAUUAAGAACUGGUUCACUUUUCAUGUUGGAUUUAUUUAGGCAUUAGCUAGUUUUUUAAAAGAAUAAAGAGCAGAAUGAUUUGACAAAGAAAAGAACCACCAAAAAGGCAAGAUAUCAAAAAAACUAUUGUGAGCAAACUAAUGCCUAUAUAAUUUUGACUUCUCUCAUAAAAACAUUGUAUAAGAGAAUGAAUCUAUGACUGUCUGCUAUGGUUCUCCUCACACUUUAUAGUUAUCCUUAUUUAUGUAUAAUUUAUAACUGGAUAUUACUGUAAUUUAAAAUAGAAAAUGUGACUUAACAACAAUACACAAAGCGAUUUGUUUGUCAAAUUAGCAAUUAGUGGACUUUCUUGUUCCUCUUUAUGUGUGCCUACUGUCAACUGAACAGCUUUUAACUGUUACCAUGCCUCCUCUCUCUCCUGCUCUCCAAUAUUACCUUGUUAACUAUGCCUUUACAAUGUUGUCUUUUAUGUAUUAUAGUUAAGCAAUAUGCAUGCUCUUCUCAUAUUUCUGAAUCAUUGGGUGCUUAUUUAACCUAAUUGUUAGCAAGGCUUUCAAACAUGUUGUCGUAGCGUUAUAAUAUCCUGACAAGGAUUUCAUUUUAUGAUUUCUGGUUGAUUAAAACAACAGUAGGUACCUUGAUUAUGCUAAUCGCAGUAAAAAUAUAUUUUACAAAAACUGACACAAGCCCAUAGCAAAAACCAAAAGACAACAAUCACAGAAUACAACUCACACUCACUAUAAAUAAAACUAUAAAAUUACAUCAAAGAAUAAAAGUAUAUAUUAGGGAAAAUUUUUGUUACAAGGCGAUUUAAACUAAACAUGUCUUAAAGCAACAAACACAGAC